CACUUCCCUUUUCCCUCCUCCUCCUUGAUCGCACGCCCCACGCAACUGCCGUACCUCAUCACGCGCUCACCAUACCUGCCCUUCACAAUCAUGAACAGGGCAUCUUUCACUGCCUUCUUGCUUGCUUUUGCCGCCCUCGCACGAGCUGGAAGCCAGAACAAAUGGGAGUCCUGCUCGACAGGCAACAACCGACUGCAGAUUGGGACGUAUCAGUUCUAUAGCGACUGCAACUCGCAUACGUACUGCGCCUCAAAUGGGACGUGUAUGCCGAAGGGUUGCAGGAGGGAUAUCUUCCCGCUUGGCUAUGACGAUCCGGAUUCCUUUCCGCCGUUGUGUAAUCACACGAUGUUCUGUCCGGACGAGGAGGACGCAUGCCAGCCUCUACUAAGGGUAGACAGCCGAUGUCAGCUCAACCGCGACGAUCAAUGCGAAGCACCACCAGAUUGGAGGAAGCUCGCAGAUCAUAGCGGCUCGGGGCGUAAUCAUAACGGCACAGUAUGCCUGCAUAAUACCUGUAUGUGGGCGAAUGUAACGAUUGGGGAGACGUGCGUUGUCGAGAAUACGGCAUACAUUGCCUAUACUGCUGGCGGAGAAUUCGCGCAGAUCGUCUCAAGAGACAACUGCAAGAUUGGAUCUUACUGCGACUCGCAGCAACUCAUAUGUAUGAAGACGAAGGACGUCGGAGAAAGCUGUACAGCAGAUAAAGAGUGCGAAUCCUACAAUUGCUUGGCAGAUGGCAAAUGUGGAGAACCGACAUCUGCCCUGCGCAAACUUCCUUCGUGGGUGUACAUCGUUAUUGGAGGGGGUACCCUUGCUAUCACUGUGGGCAUUCUUCUCGGCCUCUUCAUGUUGCAUCGUAAGCAGGGACGAAUUGAACGCGAGAAACGCUUGAAAUAUUGGAGGGACCAGAGCGCCCUGCACGAAGAACUCAAGUAUAUGAGGGAGAACAACACGGUUUUCGCAAGUCCAAAUGCGUCGCAGAUCAGUGGGAUAGGAACGGCGUACUCGGACGAUUCGCAUGCGCCCAUCCUUCGCCAUAAAGGGUCGUCGCAGACAUUUGUGGAAUCCCCAAGGCGUGCUGAGUGGUAGAUGUGCUUUGCUUGUGCUACUGUAUUGUAUACCCGAUGUUGGAAUGCCUUUCACUGAACGCAUCUCAAACUGUUCGCCAUGCC